GUGCCAUAAAUGGCGGCAUCCCUGCACAUGCGUGGGUGUGACAUCAUCGCGGCUCUGGCCAGUCACACAGCUGGAGUCUGCGAACCCAGAAGGAAGACAGGUGACGAUGCACUGUCAUCGCUGGAAUGCUUCAUUUUCAGGUCAUCAUGAAGGGAUUAUACUAUCAAUUAUCUGCAGUGCAAGAUGAAGAGAAGUUCAUAUUUCAAGAAAAGGAACCAGGCUUGUCUCCCAGUGAUUAUCAUGUGAAGCUGCAAGUGAAAGCUUGUGCCUUGAGUCCGAUUAAUACAAAGCUUAUUUCAAAAUUGUAUCCAGAGAGAGACUUUGUAGCAGUAGGAAGAGAAGUUGCCGGCAUAAUCCUAGAAGUGGGAUCCAAAGUGUCUUUCUUUCACCCAGAUGAUGAGGCUGUAGGAAUUUUACCCCUUGACUCUGAAGAUUCUGGUCUCUGUGAUGUGGUCUGGGUUCAUGAACAUCAUUUGGUUCACAAACCAGAGAAAGUGAGCUGGGCGGAGGCUGCGGGCACCAUACGGGAUGGACUGUGUGUGUAUACAGCCCUGCAUUCACUGGCACACCUGGCACCGGGGAGAUCUGUGCUGGUACUGGACGGAGCAAGUCCCAUUGGCACGCUGGCCAUUCAGCUCUCCCAUCACAGCGGGGCCACGGUGAUCGCAACGGCCAACAGUGAGGAGGACAAGCAGUACCUGGAUAAGCUCAGACCUGGUGUAGGGGUUCGACAGCCUGCAGUAGCUCGUGUUAUAGAUUUGUCUAAAGGUAAUGUUGACCUGGCAGAGAAAUGUUUAGAAGAGACAGGAGGCCUGGGAGUUGACAUUGUUCUCGAUGCUGGAGUGAUCCUUUAUAAUACAGAAGACCACGUUACAAAACCAAAACUUCAGCCUCACAAACAUGACAUCAUCACACUCUUGUCUGUCGGAGGACACUGGGUGACAAGAGAACACAACCUUCAGCUGGACCCACCUGACAGCCACAACCUGUUCCUGAAGGGGGCGUCACUUUCCUUUCUCAAUGAUGAAAUCUGGAACCUGUCCAAUGCACAGCAAGGAAAAUAUCUGCAUAUCCUGAAAGAUGUGGUGGACAAACUGUCAUGUGGAGUGUUCAGGCCUCAGUUGGAUGAACUGAUACCCUUGUAUGAAGCUAAAGUGGUAAUGGAGAUGGUGCAGAAGGAUGAAGUGAAGAAGCGGCAGGUUGUCCAGUUAUAAGAGGCAGUAAAGAUCAUACAACGCAUGACUCCUGGCACAGAUCGGCUUUAUGUCUCCUGAAUCGCCUUUCCAAUCUUUGUAGAAGACUUCACAGAUUGCGCAACCUAGGAAAUGGAAAACAGGAUGUUGGCGUUUGCAUAUGAAGCCUACACAAUCUGAGAUACAAUCUACUAUUGUCUGGUGUUUAUCAAGUAAUGUUGUGUUGGCCCUCAAAGUCUUGGAAGACCGGAAUACCACUGUCUGAGCCUUCAUCUUAAAAUACUCAGGACUGUUAAUUCCAGCGACUCUUAUAUGUGGAUGUUCCAUAGAUGGAUGGACUCAUUAUAACUGCAUUUCUUUGUGGGGGUAAAAAAGGACACUGACCUUGGGAAGAUCAGAGUUGAGCACUAUGCAGUAAAGAAACAGUAUGGGGUCAAUGUUGGCAUAUCCAAGGAAUUUCAGGAAAUGAAUAUAGAAGUAGGCAGCUGUAAUGGGUCAGCAGUUUAAUGCUUUGGUGGGAGGGCGUGACCUUUCUUAUAGAUGUGCAGCAUAUGUAAAUAGCUAAUGUGUAUGGACCAAUCACCAGUCAGGACUGGGCUUCUACAGUAUAUAGAAUUUGCAAUCUUACAAAGA